UCCGCGGCGCGCACCAUGCUCCCCAGCGCGGUGGCGGCCCACGCGGGCGCCUACUGGGACGCGGUGGCCUCCUCUGCGCUCCUCAACCUGCCAGCCACGCCAGGCUUCGGCAGUCUGGGCAAGAGUUUCCUGAUCGAGAACUUGCUGAGGGCCGGCAGCGACCCGGCGCACGGGCUGCCGCCGCCUCCGCCGCAAGGCCCCGCGGCCGCCCUCGCCGCCGCCGCCUCCGGCGGGGGCGCGCAGCUCCGGCCCCUGCCCGCCAGCCCGGUGCCCCUCAAGCUGUGCCCCGCGGCCGACCCCGUCAGCCCGGCCGGGCCGUCCUACGGCACGCGGUGGGCGUUCCAAGUAUUCAGCCCCUCGGCGGACGGCGCGAGGCUGCCGGGCCGCGCUCCGGGGGACCGGGACUGUGCCUUCCAGCCGUCGGCCCCAGCACCUUCCAAACCCUUUCUUCUGAGUACCCCGCCAUUCUACUCCGCGUGCUGUGGUGGGUCCUGUCGGCGUCCUGCAUCCCCCACUGCCUUUCCAAGAGAAGAGAAUGUGCUGCCUCUGCUGACACAGGACUCCAAUUCCAAAGCUCGGAGGGGCAUUUUAAGGAGAGCUGUGUUUUCGGAGGACCAGAGAAAGGCUCUGGAAAAGAUGUUUCAGAAGCAGAAAUACAUCAGCAAAACAGACCGAAAGAAACUUGCCAUCAACUUGGGACUAAAGGAAUCACAGGUGAAAAUUUGGUUUCAGAACAGAAGGAUGAAGUGGCGGAACUCCAAAGAAAAGGAAGUGCUUUCCAACAGGUGUAUCCCAGAAGUAAGCCUUCAAGAGGAUCCCCUCUCACGAUCUGCUCUGAGUUUCACUUCUCCAUGCCCUUCAGUAUGGGAAAUCUCCCAACAGCACUCAAGCCCAAGAUGGGGGGAGAAUUCUCCAAAACCUGCAGAAAGACUAAUCCAGGAGAGUUCACAGGCACUGCCACCAAAAGAAAAUUCACUGCAGGGUGCCUUGUAUUUGUGCUCUGAGGAAGAAGUUGGAGACAAAGGUGUACUUACUGCAGCUGUCUGAAUGGAAGCAUUCUUCCAAGUUAAUUUAAAAGAACAUACAGCCAAUAAUGUCUGGACUCUAAAGCCAGUUAACCUGUGCCUCACCGAUAUCUAAAACCUAACAGCUUUGAAAUGAUGCAUGAACUAAUGCUUUGGGAAAUCUACUUCAGUGUUCUCUUAUUUAGCCCUAGACUCAGGCUUAAUUUGUUAGUGGAAUAGAAUCUCCCAGGAAAUACAGUACGUUGGGACUGAAAAGAAUAAGAGGAAGCUUUGGCUCAGGCCCUGCUCUGAGUAUAUGUAUAUAUGUGUGUGUGUCUCUUUCUUUGUGUAUAUGUAUGUAAAUAUUCAUUAAAAUACGUUAGUAGAAACUAGUCUCUCUUUAAAUAUUGCAUUGAGAAUAUUCAUUUUCUUUUUUAUGAAGAAAAACCAUUGAUAAUAUGUUAUUUUUUUAAAUAAUGUAAAAUUUGGACUUUAGUUCAUAUUUUCAUACCACAAGAAUAUGUUUAAAAAGAUUCUCCAUUUUCUGGUUUCUUUUGGUAUCCAUCUUCAGUGAGUUUUAACAGCUCAGGAAUCCUAAACACAGUUAGCCACAGUUAGAUACAUACACAGAAUACGUAUAUUUUAAAAUAGUCCCAAGAAGAAAAUUAGAAUUUCUGAAUGUAACUGAUAUUUUUAAUUUCCAAGUCUCAGGACUGAAUGAGGCCAUCAGUGAGGGUGUUACCUAUUUUGAUCUCUGUGUAGGAAUAGGCCUACAGAGUUAGCAAAGUUAAAUAAAUUCCUUUAAGGGCCUAUCAGAUAAAUAGAGGUCAUGGCUCACUAAAGAUAGAUGUUUGAGUUUAGUGAUUUUUCAGAUAUGGUAUUGGCCAAACAACAUCUGUGCCAAGUAGUUUGGGACCUCUGGCUAAGAAUAAAGAAAGCCGUGAUGUCACAGUCCUUAAAGUGUUCCCAGUUGAACUUCCAAACACAAUACUGAUGGAAUCUAGGAUGACUUCUGUUUGUACUUCUACUUGCAGGCUCAGUUUUCUAUGUAGUUGACAUACACUGCAUAUGCAUACAUCUAUCUAUCUAUCUAUAUACAUGUAGGUGUAUAUAGAGUUAUUUUAUAUAUGAACAAACACCUCACAGAUGGUUUAUGUUUUUUGACUGAAAUAGUAUUUUAGUAAAACUACAUUUCUGUAACAAUUUGCUUAGUUAAUCCAGAAAUAAAUCCAAGUCCAAGAAAAAAAAUUACAUUUCACUUUGAAGGAAAUGAAGCAGAAAAAGGAAAUGAUGUGGUUUUGAAUUAAGAUGUCAUUAAUCUGUGGACAAGAAACAUUACCAGAAGUUCAUUAUAUGGCAUUUUGUUAGCAAGCUGUGUGGUGAGGGUGGCUCCUAAUUUGCUUACCUGUUCAGCCAUAGACUUUGAAGCUUUGGUGUUUAGAAAAAGUAGUAUUUCAGAGGAUAAUUGUUUUAAUCAGUAUCAGGAAAUUAUUUUUAUGAGUGGAAUUUGAAAUGGUGUAUGUUAACCGGUGUCAAUCACAUGAUCCUUUUACUUAAAAAGUCAUCUUAGAAGUGUGUUUUAGCUCCUCAUGGGGAGUGGGAGUAGGAAUCUGCUGACAAUUUAAAUUUUAAAAGCCAUUUUAAAAUGACUUUCAAUACUCUUUUUCUCUAUAAAUGUGCACAGUGGAUUAACUCAGUCCCCACAGCAGUAACCCUGUGAUGUGCAAAAUAUAUGUUACUGUCAGGAUUCUUGUUACUUAGAUAAUAUAGUAGAGGGAGAGUGUAGUUGGGCAGAUUUUCCAAGGUCAUGAGGUUAAUAAAUGGGAUUUGGACCUUGUCAAGUUUCAAAUCUUGAAAUCUUACCAACCUGUGGCAUGCAUAGCACUGUGGAAUGUACUCAGGUAGCUAUGAGAUGCCUUAUAAGAUGCACUUUGGGAAUUGCACUGAGAUUUACUAAAGAAAUUAAAAAGCGUGUUAUAUUUUACAUUCUUGUAAUUGAGGGAUUUUUCCUCUUCAAUAUUUUCUAUGAGAUUUCUGAAGUUUAAGGAAAGCAAGGAAUUACAAGUCUUCAGCUAUGAAGCCAUAAACAGCAGUAAAUUGUUAAGGGCUUGUCUGUGGUAGGUGUUUUUUGAUAAUAACUUAAAACUUGAAUGAGAGAAGCCUGUCAAGGCCAUCUGAUUACCCAGGUUGGAGAAAUGGGCUAAUUUGUUAUAAUUGUUUAAAUGACCUGUCAGGAAAAUAUAUACUAGCAUGUUUGUUGUCACCUUUCUAGACAAAUAGUGCUCUAAUUAAUUUAGCACCAGGACCAUAGAAUGCUGGAGGUCAAAACAUUUCAAAUUUUUCAAAAGAAAUUGUCAAAUGGAUCUUAAGCAGAUAAGAAAAUACAUGAUGAGCAUUAAUUCUUAAGUCUUUGUAAAUAUUUAGGGUUGGGAAUAUAUAAACAGGUUAGGGAUGAUCCUCUGGAGACAAUGAAGACUAUGAUCAUUCAUGUCUAAAGGGUGGUCUACUUUCUUCGUAAUAAGGUGGCUUUAAUGAGAAACCCACUUAUUUGAUCCAGUGGUUCUCAGACUUUAAGAAUCCAUACACAUGAUGAUGCCAUGCCUUCCAGAAAAUUUUGGAUAUGAACACAUAUUUAGACACUCCUUCAACACCCAUGCCUCCCACCCCAACCCUGAGAAUCAGUACACUUACCUUUUUUACUUUUCAAAUACAAAAUCAUAAAUAUGCUUGUCCAAUCCACACUUGUUCUUUUUUUUUCUUUUUUUUGUAGUAGGGAUUGAACUCGGGACCUUCUGCUUCAAGGCAGGCAGUGGAACCACUGGGCUAAAUCCCUAGCUGUCCAUACUUGUUCUUUCUGGCCCCUUUCACUUCCCUUUAUGAUGCUUCCUUUUAAAAGCUAUGUACUCCCUACUCCCUGUUGUGCAACACGACCCAGCCAUCGCUUGGUGGCCUGCAACUCCAUUCAGCCAUGUUAGCCAUUAGCAUAAGGAAGCUUAUACCACUGUGUUCCUAAGCUUGUCAGACACAGCAUCUGUAACUAUGUGAACUCUCACAAAAUAUUUUUUUCUUUCUAAAUUUCAACACUUAUUGGGCACUCUGUAUGAAGCAGUGUUCUAACCUGUAUGUCAGCAAAUGUGAGAAGAACAUAGGCCUUGCUCUCAAGGAGCUUAUAAAUUAGUCUUCUUACAAAACAACUUUUGAAAUAUUCCAUGUUGUUGUUGUUGGGAUCCUGUGAAUUUGCGGCAAAACAUCUCACAUCCUCCAAAAACUCCAGCUCUCCAUUUGGAGCGGGAGAUUUCUUAAAUUCUGUGCUAUUCAGACAGUACAAACUACUCAGCAUUUCUUGUUUUCUAUGCUGUCCUUCCUCCUGGCCAGAGUGCUCCCAAGAGGAGGCAAGAAUGUGGUAGCUUUUGUUCACAGUGCAUCCUGGCUGCUUUUUUCUAUCUUCUCAGCCUCAGAGGAAGAGAGAAGAAAAAGCAAAUUAAUGCAAGUAGGGGAAAUCAGCAUAAUGAGUGUUUUUGAAUGCACAAGGAAAAGGUUGCAGGAUUAAUUUACAUCUAUUUCAAACCAUUGCUGAAGUAAGCAACUAUCAUAUGGACAUAGUACUUGUCCCGCAAAAUGUUUCUUAAUUUCCAGCUCUUACUUAGGGUUACAUUACAUUACAAGGGGUGAUCAAAUAUACAGCAAAUGUUUAAAUAUUAAAAACUGUUACAUUAAAAGACACAUUGCUAUUAAUGCCUCCCAGAAUACCCUUCCUUCAAAUAUACUUACCCAUUAUUAUAGCCAUUUCUGAAGAGAUUCUGGAUGUCCUCUUUCCUGAGUUUCUUUACAAGGUGUGAUUAAAAAAACAAAAAACAAAAAGCAGGGCCAGGGAUUUAGCUCAGUGGCACUGCACCUGCCUUGUAGGUACAAGGUCCUGACUUCAAUCCCUGGUACUGCAAAAAAAAAAAAAAAAGCAGUGAAAGCUGUUCCCAACCACCAUCCAAUGGAAUAGGCAGGCUCAUAAAAACACUAUGUUGUGUUCUCAUCCACCUUACUCACUGGAUCUGGAUCUAGCACUGUGUGACUUCUGGCUAUUCCUUAAAGUGAAAUGACCAUGAAAGGGAAAGGUUUUGAAAUGGUUCAGAAGACCAAGGCAGCCACAAUGCAACUAAAGAUGCUCGUGAAAGAAAACUUCCAGCCAGGGAUUUAGCUCAGUGGUUCCAGUGCCUGCCUCGCAAGCACAAGGUCCCAAGUUUAAUCCCCGGUACCAAAAAAAAAGACUUCCAGAACUGCUUCAGAAAGUUCCAACCAAUAAAACCAAUAAUGAGAUUGAUGUGUUCAAAGUGAGGGGAAAUAUUUUGAGGGAGAUUAAUGGCAAAGAAUCUUUCACUAUAAUAAAUUUUUUAAAAAUUUAAACAUUUUUUUUCAAUUAAAUUCCUUUUGGCUAUGAAGAAGCAAACUUGAAAACAUAGUGAACAAUGUAAAAUUAUGUGUAAUUUCACCAUCUGUAAUUUAGCCAACUUUGGUCUAUGAAAAAUUUUCAUUUUUGAAUACAUGUAUAUGUAAAUACAUGUACCUAAAUAAACUUGGAUCAUAGUGUAUGUCCAGUUUUUAUGGCUUCUUUUACUCUGUACACAGAACAUUUUCCCAUGUCAUUAAAAAUUACUUGAAAUUAUUUAUAAUGGCUGGGUAAUAUUCCUUUAUAGUUCUUUCUCUUCUUGUGGUGGACCAGGGAAAAGGCCAGGAGAUGACAGAUCAUGAAAGAAAUGAUAGUAGGAACUUGUACUUAGAAAAAUAACCUGAUUAUUACAAUGUUUUCCUAACUAAAUGAACCCUCACCAAAUAAAGCAGAAUAAAAAUUUGAG